AUGCCGGCACACUACUUGUUGGCUAAGACGCUAGCAAGCAUUUGCAAGAGCAAGCGCGACGCCGCUUCUUUGCAGCGAUCGACACUGGGUCGUUUUAAAGUUUGUCAUGCACGAUCAUCGGGCAGGUCGAUCUCAAGUUCGGGCGCCCCAACGCUGCUAAACUCGGCCAGCUUUGUCGAAAAGCCCGCUGUUCCUUGCAGGCGUUGUGCGCCUGCGAGUGCAGAAAGUCUUCUGUCGACCCUGGAAAGAACCUUCCUCUUGGCUCUGGUGCACAUUCGCGAUCCGUUCAAUGACGACCGCGUUUCUCGUGUUCUCAUAUUAGGCAGCACAUCGUCGCCAGCUUAUCGCAAAGCAGCCUUCAUUGUACAUUGGACAACGUAA